UUUUUUUUACUAAAUGUUCAUUUUUAAGGUCGUGGUCCAUCAAUUUUAUGAUUAUAUGAUAAUCAUCUUCACUUUUAAUAUACUAAAUAAUCAUUUAUUUCUAACAUAUUCACUUUUUAAUACUAAAUGUUCAUUUUCUUAUGUGUUCAUUUUUUUAUUUUUAAAUGUUCAUUAUUAUUUUUUACGUGUUCAUAUUUUUUUUUUUUCUAAAUGUUCAUAUUAUAGGGCGUGAGCUCCACCGGGGUUCAGCUAAGACUUAUUACUACUGGUAGAGUAGUAUACCAUACCUAAAAAUAGGGCAAGUAACAGUAUUUUGGGCUUUUAGGGUCCAAUAGUAGAAGUUUAACGAAAAUAGAUAACCCUAUGCUUGAGCUCCAAGUAGGAAAUACCGACCUAUCUGUAACUACCUGCCUUUUCUUUCUUCAACCAUCUUCUAAAUCUUUCAUUCAUUCAUUCCCAAAUCUCAAAAUUAAUCAAUCCCUAAUUCUCAUUCUUCAAGCAACCAAUUGCGUAUUCAUUCAAUAAGUUGAUCGGAAGUUUUUCGAAUUCUCAAUUUCCCUUUUCAAUUCUCUUUCAAGGUUUUAUUUGGUGAUUAAUCAAUCAUGAGGUUUAAGGAAGGAGCCAUGGUGGAGGUCUUGUCCAAAAAAGACCAUUCACGUGUUUGGAGGUGUGCAAAAAUUGUAAAAGAUGAUGGAGAUGGUUACACUGUCAAAUAUUAUCGAGGCCCAGGCAUAGCUAAGGACGGUGUUGACGAGGUUUCAGCUGAUGCAGUCAGGCCUUGUCCCCGACCAUCAAAGAGUAUUAAUAUUUUGCUUGUUGGUGAUGUUGUGGAAGUAUUAGAUGAUGGUUAUUGGAGGGUUUCCGUGAUCGAUGAGGUUUUGGAAGAUGAUUGUUUUUACAUCCGGGUGAUUGGAUCUUUGGAUGAGUUUAAAGUUAAUAGGUCUAGUAUCAGAGCACGACAAGAAUGGAAGCAGAACAAGUGGGUUCUGCUAGAUAAGGAUUCUGAAUAUCAUGAAGAUUUGGCGUCCAAGAUGCACAAGAAAUCCCAUGUGCAGGAAGUUCCAGAAUACAAUUUGCUGCCUAAAUCAUUGAAGAGGUCUUUUUCUGAUCAUUCAUCUACUGCCAAAGUUUAUUCCAAGUGUUCCCAGAAAAGAAGAUUAGUAGACAAUGCGGUUGAGCUUGAAGCUAUCCAUGGUGACGCAUAUUCCUUCACUGGAAAGGUAGAAAACCCUACAAACCAAAGGGGAAAUCUUGGUAAAGAUACUCUGCAAAAUUUUACUAAGAAAACAAUCUGGUCUAAUAAUGCUUACAGUAGAAAUCAUGAUGAUUUCCUGGGGCUAAAUGAUUGUGUCAGUACUAUGUCAUCUGUUGCUAGUUGUAGCAUCACUAAUGCCAUUUCUGAUAGGUUGCUCAGCCAUUCUUCUGCAGGAAGUAGACAGGAUAGUGCUUCUCUUUGUAGUGACGCAGAUUCACAUAGUCAAUUGGGAUCAGAGGAAGAAAUGUGUGUUGAUCAGUUAGAAAGGGGAGAUGUUUUAAGAACACAUGAGUUAGAUUUAUAUGGUUAUCGAUGCGUUCUAGAAACUUUAUAUGCGUCUGGUCCUUUAAGUUGGCAACAAGAAACUGCUUUAACAAACCUUCGUAUGAAGCUUUAUGUUUCAAAUGAUGAACAUUUGAGUGAGUUGAGGAGGUUAAAGUCUCUUGGUGUGAGUUGUCAAUAGCUUUAGAUAUUCUUUCUUAAAUUGCACUGGGUCUUGUAAAGUUCAGUGAUACCUUGUGCCUUGUAAGAAGUGGGUGACAUUUGAAACGGUACAUAUGCUCAAUUGUUGAUGCAGUCAUGAAAUUUGCAUACUUACAAUAUUCAUAUACAUUUGAAAAAUCUUAUAUCAAUUAUCUAAUUUGGAAGUAAUGUUUCUAGCCUCUCUUUAGCUGUCUUGAUAAUUCUAUAAUUAUUAUUGAUGCUUCUCAUACAUAUUUCAGGAGCUGUCCAGACAUGUAAGCCUUACUGCCACAAUCUUAAAGAUGAUGUUGUGGUUAGCCACCUCCUCUGUAGUUUUGAGAAAGGGGCAUCAUCUGCAAUGGCUCCUUUGUAAAUGAGGCAAUUCAUGUCGGAGGCUGUGAUUAAUCCCUCUUAUGUUGUUUUCUGUGCUUCAUUCCAGGUAAAAAAUGAUUUUUCAAGUUAAACUACUUGAAGCUGAACAGCUCCUUUGGGGCCUGUGAGCAAUAUACUUUUUAAAGAUCCCUUGCUGGAACUUGUUAGUUGGUGGUCAUCUUUUAAAGAUGGCAUUUAUUUUUCUUUUAAAUUAUAAUAUGCCUCAAAAGUUUGAAGGUUCCGACAAACAUUGUUACACGUGAUUGAAGAAUUUGAAAUUGAGUAUUAGUAUGAUCUGAGCGUAAUAAACAUUGCUAGAGAUAAUCAGCGUAAUUGCUGGGCAUCUCUACUAGUUAACUUAGAAGGUCUUUGUUUGCUGAGUUGGAUGUAAGUAUUGGCAAAUAUAUUGCAUCUAUGAAUAACCAAAGUUCGUAAUUAGGUGAUCAGAUUAUAUAUUUUCAUGUGUGUGCAUAUGCAGAAAGGCCUGGGACUCAUCUUGGAUAUUAAUUUGCUUUAUAUGUAGACUAGACAUGGCAAAUGGGUCAUUCGGGUCGGAUAUGGGUCGGGUCAUUUCGGGUCAGCUAACAUUCGAGUCGGGUAUGGGUUGGGUCGGGUUGAUUCGGGGUUCAGGUCAACUUUGGGUUAGGUAUUGGGUCAAUUUCGGGUCGGGUAUGUUCGGGUCGAGUCAUUUUCGGGUCAAGUAUAUUCGGGUUAGGUCAAAAUCUGGUUGGGUCAUGUUCGGGUUGUUACAUUUGUGAAUCAAGCUCAAAUCAAUAAUUUUAUACAGAGUAUAUAUUUUGUUAUUGUUAUAAUAAAAACUAUCAAUUCAGUUUAUGAGCUUAGCUACGGUUGAAGAUGAACAAUAGUAGUUAUUUUUGGUACAAGACAUUUUAAGUUCAAUUAUAAGGUAAUUUUAGUUCGGGACAUUGCGGAUAUUGGGUUUGUUCGGUGUCAAUUUCGGGUAUCGGGUCUGUUCGGGUCAAACAAUUCGGGUCAAUUUUGGGUUGGGCCAACUUCGGUUCGGGUCAGUUUGUGUGUCGGGUUAGGAUUGGGUCAACUCCAUUUUCAGAUCGGGUAUGGGUUGGGUUGGGUCAAUUUUGGGUUUCGGGUCAUGGGUCGGGUCUCUUUUUUUGGGGGGGGGGGCGGGUUUGGGGUUGGGAUGUGGUAGGUCAUUUUCCAUUUUAAACUUGGAGGUGUGGUCUGUACCAUCUUAUUCUAGAGCAUUUUCCUAGUUUCUACAUAAGCAACACCAGCUGUUGCAUGGACCUCUAGAUUUUUGCAAAUUCUAAUUUUUAGCCUUUUUAACAGUGUGUGCUGAACUUCUGAUAGAGAUAUUGGUUGUAUACUUUUUUCCCUAAAUUUCGUGGUUUCCAUAUUGUUAUGUCCAUAUGUGUGAUUUACUAAUAGCAUCUGUUGGGCAGUGGCACAGAAAGUAGGAUCUCGGUCCAUGUCUGAGGCUCUGUGAGCUAAGCUCCUCAGUGACCAUGCAAUUUUCUGCCGCCAAAUAAUCUGAGGUUAUUCUAAUUUCCAAUCAGGUGCCUCCACUUAUGGGUUCUUUUGGCCAUGAGAUUAUGUGUUCUUAAUUUGCUGGGUGCUGAGAAGCUCACUAUUAUGCAUGCCACUGAAUUACAGGUUUGUGCAUUAUGGUUCAAGUACUGCUUAUAUGGUAUAAUGAAUUUGUUAGAAACUUGAGCUUUGUGUUAUUAUUUAUAUACAUUAUAUACAUAGGAAAAAUAAGUUAAAAAAAAUUGUAUCCUCUCCCUCUUCUCGAAACCAGGCAUCAGAAUUUACGAUGCUAGUCAGAUGGUUAUAGUGUUUGAUAACGUGGAGUCUUUAUGAUCCUCUUAUGUUGCUUUAGUGCCUUGUACUCCUAUGAUGUUGCAGUACCUAUUUCAUCCGUUUGUUUUUUAAGAUGAAACCUAUAUAGAUUUACAUUAUUUACGCACACUAUACAAUCUCAAUUUUUGGUGAUUUUUUCAAAUGGAAAAACAUAAUCAUGUGGAGUCUUGUUAGAUUCAUCUUAUUCAUACUUUUCGGGUAUCAAUUUUUAAAUAUUUGUUGCUUAUUUGUAAUUAAAUGGAAUUGUUGAGCAUUAGCAAGCAUGAAACAAGAAGUGUUUUGUAUAAAAAAAAAAAAAAAUGAAGUAUCAUGUAGAUGAUUGACAGCGAUGAACUCCGGUUGGAUGAGCAUAAUCAUGUGUAAGGUUUUACACACAACAGUUUGCAACCUGAAGUACUUGUUUGGCAGUUCUCCAACUUGAAGAUCUCUAUCAGAACCUAGUUGUUAUAACUAAUCAGUUAUGUUGGUUCAUCCUUUGCUUGAAGAAAUUCUUAAGACAUCUGCAGAAGAAUGUAGCAAGACUCUGUGCACACGGUUGUUGCAUUCUCCUGCGAUCUCCUUUAGGCUAAUUGCAGCAUGAUUCUUGUAGUAUAGAUGUAUAGCUUAAAAUAUUUGAUGGUAAAGCAUGCCAGAGAAUUGUAGUUAUAAUUCAAUGUAUACAACUUAAUUUGUUUUGAGUUAUACAAGUAUACAUUGUUUUUCAUUCUGCUAACAA